CCCUGUUUAUUCCUGAGAAGCUAUUUUUCUUGCUAUAGAACUUAAUGACAAACUCAUCUUCUUCCAAACCGACAUCUAUUGAGAUUGACGCAUCUAAUACACUUGACAGUGUCAGGAAGACACAUUCUGGUAAUUCGGGUGGUUCUUGUUUGAUAAAAAGAAGCCUUGAAAUGCAGAAACAGAAGAAGGAAAUGCCAUGGAUAUCAUCAUUUAUUGAUGAGGAAGCUAAGUUUUAUAAGAAUCCGUGUUUUGAAGAGCAAGGAGAGGAAAAGGGUAUAACAGAGAUAGAAUACUCGUCAUCAACGAGUACGCCAAGAUUUAGAAGGGAAAGGGCGGAGACUAUGCCGGCGGAUGUGUUAGGAGGAUCGGAAUUGUCAUGUUCAGAAUCAUUAAAGAAUAAAGAUAUUAAAACGACAAUAGAAUCAUCAAUUGUACCAUCUAUUGCGAGUUCUAGAUUUAGAUCGGGGUCAUUGAGACUAUAUGAUAGAAAUAUGUAUAAUUCUGGCUUUGAUCCUUUUGUUUUUUCAUUAGAUUGGAAACAAAUUUUAGAUAAUCAAAAUAAAUUAACAGAAACUGUUUCUUUUUCGCCAAAGGAUGAGGAAGGACAAGGACCUAUUAAGACGCUUGAUUAUUUGGGAUUGGCGGAUUCAUCAACGCCGACAACAAUGUCAGAACCGUUUAAAUCGUGUGAUUCUAUUUCAGAAAAGCAAAAUGCUAAAAUGACUAUGUCUAAUAUCAAUUCGUUAAAGAAUGGAUCGGAUAGGAUUCGAUCAUGUUCGGUAUCAGGUAAUAAGAUAGGAUAUGAUAAAGGAUAUGAGAAAGGGUAUGAAUCUUCUCUGGAUACUAAUCAAGAAAAUAUACCAUCUAAAAGUAUUGAUUAUUCUGAUUCAUAUAAUACAUUGUAUCAAGAUCAUUCAGAUUUGUAUUUACGACCAAGAGCAAGAACAGCAGGUGUUAUUAAUUUUUCUAUGAAUCAUAUGGAUAAUCAAGGUUUAAGUUCUCAAUCUUAUGCUCAUGAAUCACCUAUUUCUGAUAAUAAUCUUCCGAAUAAUAUUGCUCCUAGUUCUUAUGAUAAUGUAAAUGAGGGUGAAUAUGGUGAUAUUAUGUCAUUUCCAACACGUUCACUUUGGAUAAUUAAUUUACCAUUAACUGCUUCUAAUUCUUCUCUUACUGCACUCUUUUCUCAAUUUGGAAUGGUAGAAAGUAUUUGGAUAUUGGCUGAUAAGAAAUAUGGUUUUGUAAAUUAUAAUACAUUGGAAAGUGCUAUACAAGCAAAGACUUCACUUGAUGGAAAAGAAUUAUUUCCCGGAAAUGAUCUUAUAAGAGUGGAAUAUAUAAAGACUCUUAAAAAUCCUAUGAAUAUGCAAAUACCCAAUUCUUCUCUCUAUAGACCUAAAAUUCCUGAAUUUAAAUCAGAAUGUUUUUUUUCUCCUGUUUUUUCAUCAAGACCUGGUGAUUUAAAGUCUUUAGUGAUAGAAAUAGCUAUGAAUUAUACUGCUACACAAGAAGAAGCUGAUAAAAUAUGGGAAUACAUUCAAAACAUAGGAAAAGUUAGAAGCUAUGCUUUUGAGAUUCCACCUGUUCCUGAGCCAUCACUUAAUCGACAAUUUCAUGGCUCAAGGUUAAAGGAAAUUAGAAAGAAAUUUGACAAUUCAGGAUAUACACAAAAAGAAAUUGAAGAUAUGGCAAAUGAUAUGAUUGAUGAAGUUUCUGAACUUUCAAGUGAUUAUCUUGGUAAUACAAUAAUUCAAAAAUUAUUUGAACAUUGUUCAGAAGAAAUGAAGGAAAAAUUGCUAAAAAAAAUUGCCCCACAUUUGUCAGGACUAGGAAUUCAUAAAAAUGGAACAUGGGCUGCACAAAAAAUAAUUGAUUUAGCAAAAACAGAGACACAGAUUAAUGAUAUUACUAAGCAUCUUUCCCCGUAUAUACCAUUAUUAUUUUUAGAUCAAUUUGGAAAUUAUGUUGUACAAUGUUGUUUGAAAUUUGAAGCACCUAUGAAUAAUUUUAUUAUUGAAAUAAUGGCUGAUCGGUGCUGGGAUAUUUCUCAAGGUCGUUUUGGAGCAAGAGCAAUGAGAGCAUGUUUGGAGAGUAACUAUGUUACAAAAGAACAACAGCGUUAUCUUGCUGUUAUUAUAACAUUAGAAAGCCAUCGUUUAGCAACAAAUCCUAAUGGUUUAAUCUUACUUACUUGGUUAUUGGAUUCUUCUUCUUUUCCGAAUAGAUAUAAAAUGCUUGCAUUGCAAUUUGUUCAUCAUAUUGUUUACUUAUGUACACAUAAAUUAGCGUCUUCUAUCAUUUUGAGGAUUAUUAAUCAGAAAAUGGAUUCUGAUGCUCGCAAAAUUCUUCUAAAUACGCUUUUUUUCUCUCAGAAUGGACAAAUAUUAGAUGAAGUCUUAUCAGAAGAACAUUAUGGCGUUGAUACUAUUUUUAGAAUUUUCACUGUUGCUUAUUUAGAAGAUGAACUUCGUGAAAAUAUUUCAAUUGCUUUGAAAAAGGCUUUCUCUCAAUUAAAAAUCGUUCCUGGACAACAAUACAAAACCUUAAUGGAUGAAAUUGGUUUGAAUCAUAAUUCUUUAAAUUUAGUAUCAAAAAAUCUUGAUCUUUCAAGAAUUUAUCAUUCAAAAAAAGAUAAAAAAUAUGAUUCUUCCAUCCCAUAUUCUGGAUUCAAAAAUAUUCAGUUUCAUGGACCUGCUUCAUUGUUUCCUCAACCUUUUUUUUCAGAUUAUUAUAAAAGUUUGAAUACUGUUAACAAUAAUCUAUAUCCAUUACAUUAUCAUACUAUUUCUCAACAAAAAAUGAAUCUACAACAUUAUGAUAUGUCUUAUAUUCAACAAUCCGAAAUUCCUCCUCAUUCUUUUUCUUAUAUUAAUUCAUUUUAUAAUGAACAAUAUAUACCGAAUGGAUAUUCAUGUUCAUUACCUUUAUCUCUUCUUAAUUUUAAUUCUCACAGAAAUCAGUGAUAAUGUUAUCAAAUUAAUUUAAUUUUUUGUUUUUUUUUCGUU